CUGGGCUGCAACCAAGUGGGUGUUCAUGUUCGAGUUCGCUCGACCAGCAGACAAAACGGGAUCUUCGGCUAACGGUGGAAGCCAAACAGCACCGUCGGUGUCCUUCUACCGGACACUUUUGGACAUUUAACGAGGCGUUGUGUGUGUGUGUGUGCGUGUGUGUGUGUGUGUGUGUGUGUGUGUGUGAGCCCCUCACCACCGGAGAAGACCGCGGAGAGAACUAAGAAAACAGAGCGGGUACCAAAUGCUAACAAAACAGAGCAGGUACCAGAUGCUACCCCAGUGAGUACCAGAUAGCACCACACGGUGAUGGAGUCGCUUUCCUCCACAGUGCUGUAAAACAAACACGGAUCCUCCCCCUGGUGUGGGAGUGAAAUGUUACCCAUGUCGAGCAGCCUGUGGGCCGCAGCGCGACUCACGGAGCCCGGGAAGCAGUUAGCCGCCUGCUAGCUGCUGCCCUGCCGGAUGCUGCUGCUGCUCAACAGCCAGAGGACAACAAAAGAGGAGCUUCUUGUUCGACCCUUUGAGAUGUGAUGUGUGGCGGCGUCCUGUAGCUGCGAGCUCUCUGGAGCCAACCACAUUGUUGCAGAAUGCCCAGUGGAAACACACCAGGGGGGGCGAGGUUAGACUGACACCAGCCGGCCUGCGGUCCCCCUGGUCCGGGUCACAUUGGACUUGUCCCUCCCUCCCUACCCGCGCACUCAACGGCCUCACUGGAUGAAGAAAUAUGGAUAAACUGACCAUCAUUUCAGGGUGCCUCUUUUUGGCCGCUGACAUAUUCGCAAUUGCCAGCAUUGCGAACCCAGACUGGAUCAACACUGGAGAAUCAGCAGGUGCUCUAACAGUUGGUCUAGUUCGGCAAUGUCAGACCAUCCACGGACGAGACCGGACCUGCAUCCCGCCACGGCUGCCCCCUGAGUGGGUCACCACGCUUUUCUUUAUCAUCAUGGGCAUCAUCUCCCUCACCGUCACCUGCGGACUCCUCGUGGCAUCGCACUGGCGUCGAGAAGCCACCAAAUACGCCCGCUGGAUUGCCUUUACCGGCAUGAUCCUGUUCUGCAUGGCGGCGCUCAUCUUCCCCAUAGGCUUCUACAUCAAUGAAGUGGGAGGCCAACCAUACAAGCUGCCCAACAACACCGUGGUGGGCUCCUCCUAUGUGCUCUUCGUCCUCUCCAUCUUCUUCACCAUCGUGGGACUGCUCUUUGCAGGCAAAGUUUGCCUCCCAGGCUGAGGCUUUCCACAAAAAGGUGGGAUUUUGCAGAACAAUGACGGAAAAAUCUUAGGAUGACAAACUCGGGUGAGUUUUUUUGGGGACUUUAAUGACGUAUUGAACUCCUGAAAUGAAAAUACAUCAACACACAAAGAAGGGCGUUUAAGAGGGGGGGGGGGCGAAGAGAUGGAGGGCAGCUGUCCCACGGUUCUCUGUGGGUUCUAUGUGCCACUGUCAUGGCAACUGCAGGGAGCAUUCUGGCACACACUUCUUGAGGACCACUGAAGCCCUCCACGACCUGCUGACGCCCGCCCUUCCCCACCCUUGGCACACACCGUCACCGACCGCCCUCGUUUUUCACUUUUGUCUUCUUUUUGGGGUUUUUCUCUUGAUGUACAUUUUUGUGUUCGCCUUUCCACACAAGUAUUUGGAGUGUAAAUGAGUGAAACCAGGCCACUGCUUGCCUCUCACAUCAUAUAACAAGUGUGUGUGUGUGUGUGUGUGUGUGUGUGUGUGUGUGUGUGUGUGUGUGUGUGUGUGUGUGUGUGAGCAGCUUCAAAUGAGAGGAUACGCACACACACCUACUCACGCACACACCAUAGAGGAGAAUGCCACUGAAUACAACAGCUUGCAUUAGGGUCAUUUUCAAGGUUCCAUAUUAUUUAAAUAAUUUAAAUAUACCUGCUGUCCAAAAUCUAACAAACUUUAUUCUGGAAUUUAGAUGGUUUAUAGUACGAACCCCAAAACCGGUAAAGUUGUCACGUUGUGUAAAUGGUAAAUAAAAAGAGAAUAAAACAAAUCCUUUUCAACUUAUAUUCAAUUGAAUAGACUGCAAAGACAAGAUAUUUCAUGUUCACACUGAGAAACUUUGUUAUUUUUUGCAAAUAUUAGCUCAUUUGGAAUUUGUUUAAAAAAAAAAGCUGGCACAAGUGGCAAAAAAGAGUGAGAAAGUUGAGGAAUGCUCGUCAAAGACUUAUUUGGAACAUCCCACAGGUGAACAGGCUAAUUGGGAACAGGUGGGUGCCAUGAUUGGGUAUAAAAGCAGCUUCCGUGAAAUGCUCAGUCGUUCACAAACAAGGACG